GCUAGUUUUAGACAACUGGCUAGCCGCAGCCCAGCCAGGGCAGAGAAUAACAGCGAAUCGUGGAUUAGCUAGCUACUGUAACGUUAUUUACAAAAUUAGCUUUCCCAUCCAGUGCGUAAGCAGCAAGUGGAGGGGAAUUCACCAAAACUGGCAGAGUAGAGAUGGAAGGAGAUGACUGCAAUUUUCCUCCAGAUUCAUUGGAUGAUCACUCGCAAAGAGGAAGCGUUGCUUCUUCCGCAACACUUUCCCGUGCUCAAGAUGUGCUUAUAUACCUCUGUGGUGACAGCGCAGUGCACUUAUCAGUAGAAGGGCUUGGCAGCGUCUCUGUGCAGGAGUUGGGCCGCAGUGUUCGUGAGGCUCUCCAUAUUCCUGAGUCUGCACAGGAUGCUUUUGCCUUCUGGCUUUCUUCUCCACUGCUCGAAUUGCAGUUAAAGCUAAGGCAUCAACCAUACAAACUGUGUCGACAGUGGCAGGACUUGCUCUAUCGCUUCACUGAGGCCUCGGAGGAAGACAUCUCACAAGAUGAACCAUGUCUCCAGUACCGUCGGAACGUGUUUUAUCCUAAAGCGAAAGAGCUGCAGAUAUAUGAUGAGGGAGUGCUGAGGCUCCUGUAUGAGGAGGCCAGGGACAGAGUUCUCACUGGUCGAUACCCCUGCGACCCCGAGCACUGGACAGCUCUCGGAGCCUUGUCUCUUGCUCUUGAUGAGGGAACUGGUCUGGACGGGCAACAAUUUACUACUACUGUGAGAGAGAAGAAGCUGUCUUCGUUUCUGCCUGUACAUGUUGCCAUGGGGAGUGGAGGUUUGUUCUCCACUCUGAGAGGGAAGUCGAGCCGUCAGACAGGGCUGGAGCAGAACCUCUUGGAGGAAUACAGAAAGAUCAGUAAAUCUGAUGGAAACUCUCCCGAGCCCACACAGCUCCUACACCAGUACCUCAACACAUGUCACACUCUGCCUUAUUAUGGGUGCGCCUUCUUCGUUGGGGAGAUUGACAAACCAGCGCAAGGGUUUCUCCAAAGGGCCAAACGCAAAGCUGUCAACGUUGGGAUCUGCCUGGAGGGAGUUUAUGUGAUGGAUGUUAAAGAGAAGCAUGUGCUGCUUGGCCUGCAAUUCAAUGAGCUUUCCUGGGACCACAGCUACCCUGAGGAGCAGGGGGACUCGCAUAUUCUGUGGCUCGAGUUUGAUGGAGAUGAAGACGGCACUCCUGUUAACAAGUUGCUAAAGAUCUACUCAAAACAGGCAGAGCUAAUGAGCGGCUUCAUUGAGUUCUGUGUGGAGCUGAAGUCUGCGUCUGAGGGAGGGGCUGCCGCCGAAAUGGACGGUGAGGUGAGUCUGUCUCAGCAGCCUGCUGGGCAAGACGGCAGCAGCAAGAACGGACGCGGAGGGCGGCGCGGGGUGCUGCACAGGCAAAGCAGUGUUCUGUGCAGUCGGGUCCAUUCACUUAACACUAUCAGCUACGUGGACAAUGGAAAAGAAAUCAAACGCUUGAAGCCGAAAAGAGCCGCGUCCUUCUUCACCCGUCAGGCGUCUACAUACUCUGCUGUGCAAGUGACGGAGAGUCUGGAGCAGAGUUAAAUCCACUGAUCAUGCCUCUAAAAGACCAAACCUGAACAUUUAAAGAAAAGACUUGAAACAAGCUUGAGACAUUCAACUGAUAAUAUAUGAACAUGCAAAGGACCAAGCAAGGGAUCUAAGUGUGAGUGACAAUAUUUAUCUUUUGAAGUUGUAUAUUAAGACAGUACAGUAAUGUGAAAAACAAAAUGAUCUAUUAACCGCUAUGUUUCCAAGGUUUCACUGAAGUGGCUAUUCAUUAGAUAGCCUUACGUUAAAAAAAAAAAAAAUAGUAUUCUCUGAGCACCAUCUGAUGGACAUCUUUCAUGAAACAAGCCUUAGAGAAAUCCUCAGACAACCACUCCAAUUGAUGACUGUAUGAUGACCGUUCUGACCUUUCUGCAGCGCUCAGGAGCUGUGUUUACUGGUAAAUGUUAAACCUCAUUAGAGUAGAACCACUGCAUUACCUCUUUUUACCCUUAUUGGCGGUUUGAACAUC